AUGGGUGCCGAUCUGUCAUUUAACAGGAUCAAAAAAAUUGAGGGUCUGGAGUCACUGCAGAAGCUUGAAUUGCUGGAAUUGUCCAACAAUAGAAUCUCUGCCAUUGAGAACAUGGAUACACUUGAGAACCUCACUCAUUUUGCAAUUGCAAACAACCUCAUCAGUGAGAUAAGCAAUGUGAUGUACCUCAGGAGGUUUAAAAAGUUGUACCAAGUGUACUUUUUCGGAAAUCCUAUCUCUGAGGAAGAUGCAUACGUAAUGUUUAUUGUUGCCUUUCUUCCAACCUUGAGGGGCCUAGAUAAGAUAUGUUUUGACAAGAAGACAAAGGAAAAAGCAUGCGCCGACUACAAGUCCACCCUUGACAAGUUGGAACUUGAAGAGCUGCAGAAACAACAAGAUGCUGAAGCUCAGAUGAGGAAGGAAGCUGAGCUAAAAUCACACAAAGAUGCCUUUGUAGAGUCUUUUAAUGGCCCCUGUAUGUUUAAGAGCAUGUUUGAAGAUGACCCAGAAGCAGCAAGAUUAAGCUGCAUUCCAGGAAUGGCUUCUCACCUUCAGGAAUAUCCCUUUUUCCCCCUAAUAUUUUUAGUACAUGUGGCUGUAUUCCUGACAUACAGUGCAAACUGUCAUACAUUUGAUCAAUGUCGAGAUCUGGAGAAGGAUUAUCAUCUCAAAGUUCAACAAACGGCUGUUGCAACUCUGGAAAAAGUAGCCCAGGGAAAUCUGGAGGAGGAUGAGCCAGAUGAGGUGGCAAUGCUGCUUAAGGACACAAAUGCAGUGAUGAGUGCAUUGGCCACCAGCCACGAUAACCACCUGCUGAAGAUCCGUGACUGGGAGACGUGUCCCUCAUUAAAGGGGUAG